GAGAGUAGGGCGGGAGCCCGGGCGCCGGGCAGAGGGCGAUUGCGGGCGCCGAGCCCCAGGGAGCGCCGAGCGCGAGCGGGCCGUCUCCCCGUGCUGGCGGCCCGGCCGCCGGUCCCCCUGCAGCCCGGGUGCCCGGGGCUGGGCACAGGAGGCGGGGCCGGGGCGGGGUCCCGGCGCGGGCGGCGCGUCUGAGCGGGAGCCCUCGAGCCGCCCGUCCAGGCCGCGCCCCGAGCGAGCCUUGGAAAUGCUCGCGCUCAGGGAGCGGACGCCCGCCGCCCCGCGGGCCCUGAGGAGCCGCUGAAGGUCGCCGGGAAGUGAGCGCCCAGUCACCUGACCCCCGGGGCGCACCUAGGCGGGGCGGGGCCCAUGCGAGGCGGGCAGCUGGGGGCCGGGGCGCGGGCUCAAGGGCCGAGAGCGGGCGGCGUACAGCGCGCGGAGCCGGGCCGGCGGGGGCGCGCGGCGGGAGGGCGAGGGCGCGGCCGGGCACCGGCGGCGGCCUCGCCAUGUCCCAGCCGGCGGGGAGGAUGCAUUGCCGAAAGGCGGGGAUCCGCGCCGCCGUGGUGCUCAUCGGACUCCUGCACAAAUCCCGAAAACAGAAUAAAGAGAAAAGGAAGCAGGAACUGGCCAACAGCUCGGAUGUGACCCUCCCAGACCGGUCGCUGUCCCCUCCUCUCACUGCGCCUCCCACCAUGAAGUCGGCGGAGUUCUUUGAGAUGUUGGAGAAAAUGCAGGGGAUCAAGCUUGAAGAGCAGAAGCCAGGACCCCAGAAGAACAAGGAUGACUAUAUCCCGUACCCCAGCAUUGAUGAGGUUGUGGAGAAAGGAGGACCGUACCCCCUGAUUGUCCUGCCCCAGUUUGGAGGCUAUUGGAUUGAGGAUCCGGAGAACGUGGGCACACCGACCUCCCUGGGCAGCAGCAUCUGUGAGGAGGAGGAAGAGGACGGCCUCAGCCCCAACACCUUCGGCUACAAGCUCGAGUGCAAGAGUGAAGCCAGGGCCUACCGCAGGCACUUCUUAGGGAAGGAUCAUCUAAACUUUUAUUGUACUGGCAGCAGUUUGGGAAACUUGCUUCUGUCCAUCAAGUGCGAAGAGGCCGAGAGCAUUGAGUACCUUCGGAUCAUUCUCAGGUCCAAGGUGAAGACAGUGCAUGAGCGGAUCCCCUUGGCUGGACUGAGCAAGUUGCCCAGCAUCCCUCAGAUUGCAAAGGCCUUCUGUGAUGACGCAGUGGGGCUGAAAUUCAGCCCUGUCCUGUACCCCAAGGCCUCCCAAAUGAUUGUGUCCUAUGAUGAGCACGAUGUCAAGAAUACCUUCAAAUUUGGGGUCAUUUAUCAGAAAGCCAGGCAGACCCAGGAGGAGGAGCUGUUUGGGAACAAUGAGGAAAGUCCAGCUUUCAAGGAGUUCUUGGACCAGCUGGGAGACACGAUCACGCUGCAGGACUUCAAAGGUUUCCGAGGAGGCCUGGAUGUGACCCAUGGACAGACUGGGGUGGAAUCAGUGUACACGGAAUUCCGGGACAGGGAGAUCAUGUUUCAUGUCUCCACAAAGCUGCCGUUUACCGAGGGCGACGCCCAACAGCUCCAGAGAAAGAGACACAUUGGGAAUGACAUUGUGGCCAUCAUCUUCCAAGAAGAAAACACACCAUUUGUCCCAGACAUGAUUGCCUCCAACUUUUUACAUGCCUACAUUGUGGUGCAGGCCGAGAGCCCGGGCACAGAGACGACAUCCUACAAGGUAAGCAGAAAGUCUCAGUGGAGGAAGUGCCAGUCCAGGUACCUCGCCACACUUUAUGGAUUCAGUGAUAUCAAGAAACACCAGUUCUCAAUGGCUCCUCCAACCAUUCUCCAAAAUGGCACUCCUAGCUUUGGUGUGAUCGAUUUUCCAUGGUUCUCAGGUUUCUGGGAUUUGAGAGCUCAACUCUUGGUGGAGAGCACCUUCUGAGGUCAUCUCAUCCAUCUGGCUUCCUCCAGGCUCGGUGACAUCUAGCUCAAGGGUUGAGAAGCCCAGGUGCCCCUCUUUGGAAUCUGGUAAUGCCAUUCUCUAGA